GCCCAACACACGGAGCGAUGCAGGGGGACACCACGACGGCGUGCUGGACCCGGCCGCACAAGUGACGUCUUACUACCGCAUCCACGCCGCAGUCAUCUCACGGCGAAGGAAUACCGUGCAGGGCUUCCCUCCUCGCCAGACGGACGCCGAGCUGCGCUGCCAAGGUGGAGAAAUGAGCGCGUGCGGUGGACAAAGGCGGCAGAAUUAAACACAGCCCGAGGGAAGAUGCCCAAGUUGAGACAUUGAAGCAGCCACCAUGACGAUGAAAGGCCUGUCCAGCAGCCACAGUCACCAUCGCUCCGUCGCCUGUGACCCUUCCUACGACUCCAUGACACUCGGUCAUCCGGAUCGUCAGCCCUGCUUCCUGAACUCGGGAGAGGCUCACCCCGCCGAGCGGCCGUGCUACACCCAGCGCAGCUCCUUCCAGUCGGAAUGCAGUGCCUACCCGGCUCUGGCCAGCUGCACCUUCCCUCGCAGACAUUACAGCUCCCAUCAUGAGCUGAAGGAGGAGUGCGGGGCUCUGGUGCCUUAUACGGGGCCAGCAGGAAUCGGUAAAGGAAGCAGUGGCAAAAACAACAACAACCGGGUCCCUUGUAACUUGCUGGAACAGUUGGAUCACCAGGCUCCGGUGCGGCGAGAAGGCUACCAUACGCUGCAGUACAAGCGCACGGCGGUGGAACACCAACGCAGUGACAGCCCAGGGCGAAUCCGCCACCUUGUUCACUCCGUCCAGAAGCUUUUUACCAAGUCUCACUCCCUGGAGGGGCCCUCGGGAUCCGGGACGACCGGGAGGAUGAACGGCGGGAAAUCCAGCCCCGAUGACCCUCCGUCUUCAUCGGGAACCCUGAAACACAACAAGCGCAGCAAGAACAAAGACCGAUCCAAGUCAGAGCCCAAGAUGCGGAGCGCCAUCUCCGGAUACUGGAGCUCAGAUGACACCCUGGACCGGGAGAUGUGCCUGUACCACCACCACGGCGGAGGCCAACCGUCGGGGGUCAUGACCAUGGGGCGGCACCCGGAGAAGUCGCAGUCGCAGUACUUCGUGGAGUCCUACAACACCAUCAGCGCCCACUCCCUGAAGACAUCUCGCAGCAACAACGACGUGAAGUGCUCCUCCUGUUCCGGGGGCAGCGGCGGGGCGCUCCCGCUGAUGGGCACGCUGGACGGCCAGGUGCAGCUGAAGAAGAGCUCGUGGUCUUCGACUCUGACGGUGAGCCGAGCGAGGGAGGUUUACCAGAAGGCCUCUGUCAACCUAGAUAAAGCGCUAGUGAAAGCCGAGCAGGGACGCACCUGCCACUUCCUGCAGGUGCCUCAGGAUGACUGGGGCGCUUUCUCCCCGUUGGCGAAGGACGACGAGAUCCCCUGCCGGAGGAUGCGAAGCGGCAGCUACAUCAAAGCCAUGGCCGAGGACGACGGCGGCGACUCGGACUGCAGCCCCAAAGCCUCGCCCAAGGUUCAGGCACGGCGGGCCAGCUACCUGAAGGCCACGCAGCCGUCGCUCACAGAGAUGACCACCCUCAAGAUUUCCACGGAGCACUCGCCCAAGCUGCAGAUCAGGAGUCACAGCUAUCUGCGGGCGGUGAGCGAGGUUUCUAUCAAUAGGAGCCUGGACAGCUUGGACCCGGCGGGGCUGCUGGCCUCGCCUAAGUUCCGCUCCCGAAACGAGAGCUACAUGAGGGCCAUGAGCACCAUCAGCCAGGUGAGCGAGGUGGAGGUGAACGGGCAAAUCGAGGCGGUGUGCGAGUCGGUGUUCAGCGAGAUGGAGUCGCAGGCGGUGGAUGCCCUGGAUCUGCCCGUGCCCGGCUGCUUCCGCGUGCGCAGCCACAGCUACGUGCGAGCCAUCGAGAAGGGCUGCUCGCAGGACGAAGAAGAGGAAGCGGCGGGCCGAGGAGGAGGAGGAGGAGCCGGCGGCGACGGGGGGGCCGGCAACCGGAAGGCGGGAUCGCCCCCGCGCACCACCACCACUGUCAGAACCAUCCAGAGCAGCACAGUGUCGUCAUGCAUCACCACCUACAAGAAGACCCCCCCGCCGGUCCCCCCGCGGACCACCCCGUCCAAGCCCUUCAUAUCCAUCACGGCGCAGAGCAGCACCGAGUCGGCCCAGGACGCCUACAUGGACGGCGGCUCGGGCCCACGCAAAGGAGUCAGCUCGCAGCCGGGCCUGUCCAACUCCACCGAGAGCAUCGACAGCAUGAAGGCCCUGACGGCGGCCAUCGAGGCGGCCAACGCUCAGGUACACGGUCCGGCCAGCCAGCACGUCAGCAACAGCAACAGCACCGUCACCGUCACGUCAACCGCCGUCGCCCCCGUCUCCGCCGGCAGCAAGGCGCAGAGGGAAGCGCUACGCAAGUGCCUCUCCAUUGGGAUCCAGGUGGAGCCGGAGGAGGAGCGGUCUAAGUUCCACUCCAUAGGGAUUCAGGUGGAAGAUGAGCGCUGUCACCGCCGCAUGACCCGCUCCAACAGCGUCACCACCGCCGUCCAGGCUGACCUGGACGACCCUUUGGACGGCCCGAGGCCGCCGCCGCCGCGCCACUGCGCCACCAUGCCGCGCCAGCACUCCCGUGACUCCUCCGCCGCCUCCACGGUCCGCAUCCAAGGCUCGGGCAACCACUACCACGCCUGCGCCGGGGACGACAACGGCGAGGCGGGAUUUGACCCGUCCAUCCUUCCCCCUCCCGACCCGUGGAUGGACAGCGCGGCCGAGCCUGAGGGGACGCUCGAGGCCGUCAGCCGCUCGGUUUGCCCGCGAGACGGACGCUGGUUCCUCAAACUCCUGCAGGCGGAGACGGAGCGCAUGCAGGGUUGGUGUCGUCAGAUGGAGCAGGACCAGACGGACAACCAGCUGCCUGAUGACAUCCUGGGCAAGAUCCGCAGUGCAGUAGGGAGCGCCCAGCUGCUCAUGUCCCAGAAGUUCCAGCAGUUCCGGGAGCUGUGUGAGGAGAAUCUGAACCCCGACGCGAUCCCGCGGCCCGUCUCCCAGGACCUGGCGGGCUUCUGGGACAUGCUGCAGCUGUCCAUCGAGAACAUCAGCCUGAAGUUUGACGAGCUGCACCAGCUAAAAGCUAACAACUGGAAGCCUCUGACGCCCCCGGAGAUCCAGGAGCGACGCGCGCCCCCUCCUGUGCCAAAGAGGUCCCAAAAAGGUCACGCCCCGCUGGCGAGGGACCGCUCUCUGGAGAGCUCCGAACGGCAGCGUUUGGAGGCCCGCAAGCGCCUGCUCGCCGCCAAGCGCGCCGCCUCGGUGCGCCAGAGCUCCGCCACGGAGAGCGCCGACAGCAUCGAGAUUUACAUCCCCGAGGCGCAGACGCGACUAUGAAACACGUACUACACGACACAAGCAGUAGCACUGGACUGUGAGGGUGUUAACAGACUUUACCACAUCACUGUCGCCAUGGAAAUACGUUUCAACAAGUAAAUUUGGAUUAUUUAUUGAUUGAUUUACUGACACCCCCCUCAGUUCCCGCCCACUCUUUCAGCUUUGAUGUAGCACACAUACCCUCCCUCAAAUCCUCUCCCACCUAUAUACACACACACACACACACACACUCACUCACGAUGUGUCUUUUUAUAAAUUUCAGAGCCCCAGACAUAGUAUGGGGAUUUUUAUUUUAUUUUAUUUUUUAAAUUGUAGCCACAUUAUAGAUACAGUGGUGCCUUGAGAUACUAAAUUAAUUAGCUCCGUGAAAACACACACAUAUCGCGAGGCGUCGUUCCCCGUUGAAAUGAAUGAAAAUGCCAUUAUUCUGUUUCAGCUUUCCCCCAAAAAAAACAAACAAAAAAGUUUGGUAUAAUAUUUUACUUUAUCGAAGCAUAGAGUAAUAAUAUAAUUAAAUGGAAUGUAAAUAAUUGAAUGCUUUAAAUCAUGAUUUAACGUUGCAAUUCAAUUCUUUGUGCUGCUCCUUCUGGUGUGCCCGCCUUGGACACUGGGGAGCAGUCAUGCAGGCACAAACGAAGUUUCACAACUACAGUGGACCCCUGCUAUUCAGGCGGGGUUGGUACACACCAAAAGAAAAAACAAAAAGAAAACUGAAAAAAAAAUUAAAAUUGGGAAAAAAAUUGGGGAAACAAUAUGCGGCUAGGUGAAUCCUCAAAUGCCGAACCGCGUGUAUGUGGGGGUCCACUUGUAUUGUGACGCAGUAAGCUGCUGUAAUAUUAGUCUUUUUUUGUUGUUGCAGAGAAUCAAGAGUAUAUGGCUGUGAGUAUUGUGAUAUUGUACGUGUUACAACACCGUUUUUGUUCAAAUAUCAGCUGCAUAAAGGGUCAUAACAUCACAGCUAUCAAUGCUAAGUGUUAGCCUUAGUCAAUGGCCUUUUCCAUUAUGUGUUAGCAUUAAGCUAGCGGGGGCAUUAUUAAGGCAAAGUUCUCGUAUCUCAAGUUUGCGCUCGCGAGUCAAAGCAAAAGAAAUUGACCGAAUGACGGCUCCUAUCUUGAAACACUCGUAAGUCAAGUCACUCGUAUCUCAAGGCGCCACUGUACAGUGUUUCCUCGCUAUAUCGCGGUCCUAGGAAAGGUGCGCUCCAUUUUCUUACCCAGAUAUGGAAGUUGUUCAUGGGAAUGCUAUUAUGGCCACAAAUGUGUUAUUUCGUGCGCACGUUAUAUGUAUUUCGUGGCCACAAAUUACCAUUCUGUGCACAGGUUAUAUCCAUAUUGUGUCCAAAAUUUUAGAAAAUUGGGUUCACCCAACCCAACCUCUUUAGCCAUAUAAUGAGCUGCAACAUUGUAGCGUAAUGACAGAUGUUGAAAUGAAAGUGCCCGCAUUUGGGUUGGGGAAGCACAAUUGCACAUUUGUGUGACAAAAUGAGUCUCUCGCAGUGGUCAAGAGGUUACAUUUUGCCCGUGCAGGUGUGCAGCUUGUCAGAAAAAGUGAAAGAAUCCCAGUUUUGUUUUGUUUUUUAGAGGUCACAAUGGCCAUCUUGUCUCGUGUGUGUGCGUGCGUGCGUGUGUGUGUGUAUGAAGGGCAGUUAAGAACAUGAUAGAGGACCCACACACAACUGAAACACUCUCACACACACACUACUGAUUUUUUUUCGUUCACACACACUACUGAAAAGCUCUUACACACACAAUUAAAAUCCUCUCGCACAUCAUUCUGAAAUAGGCUUAUAUACUGCACUACAUUAUAGAGAAACACGCUCGCAUAAUAUACUGAAAUACACAUCUCAGUAGUGUGUCUGAGAGUUAAUCGUGAAUUGUGUCACGGCCGUGCGUGUGUGUGUGUGUGUGUGUGUGUGUGUGUGUGUGUGUGUGUCUGCAUAAUUCAUUCAUAACUGGGUUAGGGCAACGUCACCAGUCUCAGACAGAAUAUUAGGUACACCUGGACAAACAAAAGCAACACGAACAAUUCUGCCUUUACAAAAAUAAUAAUGUUCACUUAUGUUGGGUUGUAAUUUACCUUAAUGUUAUCAUGAUUUAUAGUACAACUGUACUGCAUCAUACAGCAAGCUUUCGUAACCUUAUUCAGCUACAAGAUUGGUCGUGUUAGAUGGAGAUCUUUUUUGUAACAUUUUUGACCACACCACUUUUAAUUCCUGUAGGUAAAUUAAGUUAUUUAUUAAUCCCUCCCUCUUUUGUAAUUUAUUUUAUUGUACAUUGCUAUAUUUGUAAAUAAAUUAGAUUAUUAUUUGUUUUCAAUAUUUUAUUUUAUUACAUCGUAAUGUAUUGCCUCAAAGCCUACCAUUAUUUUCUUUGUAAAAAGGCAGAAUAUAUUCUUUUACCCCAAUAAUUUAUUUUUUAUUUUUUAACCUAUGCCAAUUUUAAUUCCGAAGGAAAAUAAUUAAUUCCACGCAAUAUUUUUCACAUUUUUAUUUUAUAU